AUGACGAGUUAUUUUACUACAGGAGUCGGUCAUGGCUCGUCGCCCGCUUCCUCUCCACUUUCCCCGCCGCAGCAAAAUCAGCGCUCGACGGCGCUGUCCAACCGUCUCACAUCCGUGUUAUCUGCAUCAUAUGCCGACUCUGACAUUCGCGAUGCGCUGGGGACGCUAAGUUUACGUGGAAUACACAACACAGCCGAGACAAGACGUCAGCUACGCCUCGAUGUGCAAAGGGAGGUCAUUCAGAGUAAUGCGGAGAUCGUUCGGGACUUUGGAGCGGUUGCAGAGCAAUUGAAACGAAUCGGACGCGUGAUUUCAGCUCUGAACCAAACUUGUGAUGAGAUGCGAAAACAUAUUGGACAAGCCAAGCAAGAGACCGCGCCCGUGCUGGAGGAAGCCACAGCGUUGAUGGAACAGAAGAAAAGUACCGAGACGAAGCAAAAGUUGCUGGAUGCCUUCUCCAACCACUUUCUGGUGCCCGAGGAAGACCUCGUAGUAUUAACGGCGAGCGAACAGCCCAUUGAUGAUCGGUUCUUCGACGUUCUGGCACGAGUGAAGCAGGUCCAUCAUGACUGUGAGCUCCUUCUCGGCGGCGAAAACCAGCGAUUGGGCUUGGAAAUUAUGGAUCUGAGCACAAGGCAUCUGAAUGCCGCCUACCAGAAACUAUACCGAUGGAUCCAGAAGGAAUUCCAGUCACUGAAUCUGGAAGAUCCUCGGAUCAAUAGCUCGAUCCGACGAGCCUUGCGUGUGCUGGCAGAGAAGCCGAGCUUGUUCCACAGCUGUCUCGAUUAUUUCGCAGAAGCUCGCGACUAUAUCUUGUCAGAUUCAUUCCACUAUGCCCUGACUGAUGCUAUGUCCGGAAACGCUGCUGUUGGUACUGUGGCUGACCGGAGCGUGAAGCCAAUUGAAUUCUCGGCGCAUGAUCCACUACGAUACGUCGGUGAUAUGCUUGCUUGGGUUCAUUCCACAACCGUCUCUGAAAGGGAAGCACUGGAGGCUCUCUUUGUAGCCGAUGGAGAAGAGCUUGCACGAGGCAUACAGGCUGGCCUGAGCAGCGAGCCGUGGUCGCGCAUCGACGAAGAUAAAGAGGUGACGUUUGACGGGCGAAAGGCGCUUAGCGACCUGGUCAAUCGCGACCUAGUUGGUGUCGCUCGAUCGCUUAGACAAAGAGUUGAGCUCGUGAUACAAGGUCACGAUGAUCCGGUCACUUGUUACAAGGUUGUCAAUUUGCUCGCCUUUUACCGCACGACAUUUUCCAAAUUGAUUGGUCCACAAUCGAACCUAGUCGAUUUGAUGCAGGCAUUGGAGCAGUAUACGUUCAAUCAUUUCGAGCAGUUGAUGCGUGGUCUCGCAAGUGCGCUGGCAGCGGAUCAGGCUUCUCUUGUCCCUCCAGAUGAUCUUUCGCCUCCAGAAUUCUUACUUGACGCCCUUGAGAGCCUAUUGUCUCUCAUGAAGUCUUAUGAAACCUCGGUGGAUUUGGAGGACGGGUUGAGCUCAGACGGCGAGAAUGCAUUUUCAUCUGUGCUUCGCGUCGCUUUUGAUCCUUUCCUGACGCUCGCUCGCUCAUCUUCCAAUAAGUUGAAGGACACUACGGCGCAAGUUAUUUACCAGACAAAUAUCCUUCUUGCGGCACGAGCAGCUAUUCAACCAUUUGGCUUUGCCAGUGCAACUCAGAACGCACCCCUUUCGUCUGCGCUGUCCACGCUUCGCAACAAUCUGCUCGAUAUCCAGCAUCAAUUCCUCCUUGAAAAGUCCGGACUAGACAAACUCCUUGAAGCCUUGGAGCCGUUCUCACACAAAUCCACUGAAGAGGCGUCGGCGGAAGAGAAUUUACCGAAACAGAGCGAUCAGCAGAAACCCCAACUUGCAGAUCUGAUCAAGCUUAUCGCCUUUAAGCCGGAGUCCCUCGUCGCGUCAAGUCAGCAACUUGACGACUUCCUUCCAUCAGCUUUGAUGGACGCGACGGAUAAUCUCAAACGCAUUCAAAGUGCAUCUCUUGUGCAAAGUGUGACCGAGGAUGCCGUAGAGGCUUUCUGUCGUGAUUUCGAAUUUGUCGAAGGCAUGAUUAUUGCCGCUGACGAGGCCCGGGGAAUGACGAACAUGAAUCUUGGUACUGGAGGGAGUAUGAUCAGUGGUCGCAGCGGAAGAUCGUCGCGACGACCAGGCGCAAGCGGCGAGGAAAAUGAAGACGGCGAAGAUGGCCAAUGGAGUUUGCGGACAUUAUUCCCUCGGACUACGGGAGAGAUUCGUGUACUCCUGAGCUGA